GAACACUUACACGCGGGAACCUCCACCCCUCACUUGAAAGGGCGGCGUCUGUGUGCAGUGUACAGUAAUCGUCUAGUGAUUGUGGGUUGGUGGCAGGCACUUGGGUCAGCGGUGGUAGACACGUGCUGGCUCUGUUUGUUCUCUCGGUAAACCCGCCGCUGUUCUCGUCACCUUGGUCACGUUAUCACGUUAUCACGUUUUUGUUGACAAUUUCUUGGUUCGGCACGUGGUACAGUACAUCUACCCGCGCAGGCCACGGCGUGUGUGCGUGUGCACAAGCACCACCGAGAUGUUCCAGAGAGACAUUGACGAGGAGGGGGAGGCCGCGCCGCUGCUGCGAGCAGGUCGUCCUCACGGGAGUAGCGAGCGAAAAGAGAGAGGUUCCUCCAUCCAGAAACCAGCAGCAUGGGAGGCAGGUCAUCAGCAGCACGAGGAUGUUGGUCAAGCCAGGAGGAAACGAGGUCGCGUCGAGCCGGUCGCCACGCUGUCGGGGGCGGGCUCUCGUUCCGUGCUGCUGGCCAUGGUGGCGGCAGUAGGCGCCGCGUUGUUGGUGAUCGGCGUGGGUUUCAUGUCAGCACCUAAUACGAUCGCCGGCGCCUCGCGGCAGCAAAGAGCGGAUACGAGGGCGAGCCUGGCAACAUCACCAGCGGCGGCAGGGGGCAUUGCGUUAGGCGGUGCGGUAGAAGGAGGACAGAACAAUGGCGCCGCCGCUGGUGCUGGUGCUGGUGCUGGCCAGGGCGGUGGCAGCACGACAGCAAGGGGGGGCUGGAGAUCUCAAGCAAAUAGGGCAUCAUCAGGCAUUGCCGUUAACGGCAACGGCGAUGGCAGUCCUGGUUCCGUGAGCACCUCCAAGCCGAACGUGUUCUUUUUCCUUGUGGACGACAUGGGUUUCGGGGACAUGGGUUACCAGUCCACCGACCUGUCCGAGAUCACACCUAACCUCGAUGCGCUUGCCGCGGGCGGGCUUUCCAACUACUACACGAUGACGCUCUGCACUCCGGCGAGAGCUAGCAUCAUGACCGGACGUUACCCCGUGAGGUACGGGCUGCAGUACGCCGUCAUCAUGCCCGGCUCGCCCUGGGGACUACCGACCAGCGAAAAGAUUCUGCCAGAGUUCAUGAACGAGGCGGGAUACGAAUCGCACAUGGUGGGCAAGUGGCACCUGGGGAGCUACAGCGAGGAAUCCCUCCCCAGCAAGCGGGGAUUUAAAACCUUCCUGGGCUACCUUAAUGGCAUCGAUACGUACUACAGCCACAAGAACCCCGAGGCUUCGGUAGACGGACGGCACUUCUUCGACUUCGGUUACGGGAACGCCACCGGGUACUACGACGUUACCCUCCACAACCGUGACAAAAUCGUCGGGGGGGCGUGUACGGACGGAGGGCCGAGAUGGGGAGAUGUCAUGGAGAAUGAGGACCCCGCGGACGUGUGCUUCACGGGAACGUACUCAACUGACGCUUUCGUCGGCCGGGCUAAGCAGAUCGUCAAAAAUAAAACGCCGUUCGACGAAGACCCUCUGUUCAUGUACAUUGCCCACCAAUCCGUUCACUCCCCUACCGGUCCCGCGCCGUACGAGGAGUUUUCACCAGAGGAGCUUGCGUUAUUGGAUGCCGUGAAAGAUGCGACGGAUUCGGAGAAGAGAACCAGAUUUGCGGGGGUCCUGCUGUACCUGGACAAGCGAAUAGGAGAGUUCGUGGACAUGCUGGAGCAGGAGGGCUGGCUCGAGAACUCUGUGAUCGUGGUGUCAAGUGACAACGGCGCUUGCCCCGAUGACGGAGGCUCCAAUUACCCGCUGAGAGGCACCAAGCAGUCUGUAUUCGAAGGUGGCAGCAGGGUACCGGCGUUCGUGUGGUCCAAGAGUCAUCUUCCAUCGCAUGCGUGGGGCACCACGUACGACAACCUUGUGCACUCGACAGACUGGUUACCAACCCUCGCCAACAUUGCUGGGGGAGCGACAUCCGGCAGUGCCGGUGCGUUGGACGGUGUGGAUCAGUGGGAAUGUCUCAAGAGCAACGGCGUCGGAGGGGCUGGGCCGGGGGACACGUCGAAGGCCCCACGCACUGAGCUGCUGUACAACUGGGACUCGUACCUCCUGGCGUCCGUGGAAGAAUUGAAAGAAGACCUGGGAUUAAGUCAAGGAGCUUUCCGGUCGGGGGACUGGAAGCUACUCGUGAACGCAUUUUGCUCGGGUUACUACUCCCACGAUCUCGCGGUCAUCGAGAGUGACCACCUGCUCGACUCCGAAGUCUCUUGCGGAGUCGGGAACAUGGAGUGCCAGGACUGCAUCGACCUAUGCCAGUUGGGCAGCGAAGACUACCCCGUCAGCGACUUGCUGUACAACGUCAAGGAUGACCCCAGAGAGGAGCACGACUUGUACGACCAGUACCCGGAGAUCGCGAAGGAGCUUCGAAAACGCGCCGAAGAAGUGGUGUUCGCUGACUGGGUGGGAUCGAGGUUGAAGCCGGUCAACACAGAUAGUUACCCGGUCUGGGAGGCAAACAACUGGUGGAUGUGUCCGUGGGAAGAAAUGCUGGGGGAGAAAGCGUCCAAGUCUCUGAACGGGCUGAUGUGAAGACUUUUCACGGCAGUGUUGUAAUGCAUACAUCGUAUCCCCGGUUUCUCUUGAAGGGCUUGCGCAGGCAUUUGGUUGAAACGAAUAUUUCGUGGAAAUGUAUGGUGAGAUUUUCAUCUAUUCACUGUAUUCUUGAAAGCACGUAUGCAUGGAGUGCUUUUUGUGCGUAGUUGGUCUGUGACGUCGCGAGGCGAUGCGUCAGCUGGACGGCAUCGGUGUUCGAAGGUACGGAGACCCCAACGGUUUUCGUGUGGAGACGACAAGAACAACGUUCUUGAGUUCGUUGGAACGCUUGUUGUUUUCCACGGAACAUGUUGUCUAUGGUAGUAGACACUCUAAUUUAUUGCCGGGUUCGUUUUUGUUUUUUUGCAAUGUUUCUUAGCAGGCUCUAGCCAAACACCAACUGGCGAGCUGUAGUUCCACGCCAGGUUCGUGAUUUGUGUGAUUUAUGUUGUGCUGCGCACCCUACGAGUGCUGCCGGACGAUGCUUCGGAUGUCUAGCGUCUUGGGGUCAUGGGGCGUGUUGGUUUCAUUACCUUGGCCUUUUUGUCGGGAUGGAAUGACGUGCUGUCGUAGUUAACGUGUGAAUGUCGGUGGCACACACGCGUUGUUCGUGUGAGGUGGAAUGUCUGUUGGUAUUCUGUUGAUGUAUCGCGGCACUUUUUGCAGGAUAUACUGUUACAGGCAUACAGCUGUAUACCCGGGCCGCCUGACUUUUCUUUGGGUUGUUUUUUUGGUCGUGAGCGUGAGAAAUGAAGUACCAUCGUGGAUGCAUACGUACGUGUGAUACGUCUUGUUCCAUAUUGCUUGGCCUUGCAUUGGCUAAAGUUGCUUUUUUUUUGCACGCUUCGAUAUCAUGCUCACUAUAUACAGUAUAAUUCUUUUCCACGGGUGAGGUGCGCGUCGUGGCUGCGUGGACGGUUUUGUGUAUGACUCCUCCAGUUGUUUAGUUCAGAUCACCGAAGAUUUGUGUGCAUUUCCCUUGAGACAACAUGAGCAUCAGGAUAUGCCGCGACACAUCACGCUUGCUUCUGUUCCAAGAUCGUAAAAGUGCAAGAGUGCCUAGAGGGGUGUUCCGCGGUAAAGACGAAUUGUCUCUCCCGCAGCGAGGAAAAACUCGAAUGAAAAACCGUUUUUUGAUACAUGUCUAAAACGACGGUUAAAAGCAUAAAAAAAGAGAAACAAAAAAAAUGUGAUCGGAUCGCCUUGAUUUUUUUUUUUCACCGCGUUGCCGAUUUCGGCGCCUCCAUUUCUCCUCGGCAAUCGAUUCCGCGUGGCCGAUUUAGAGGGGGUAGAGCCACUCAGAAAGUUGAUCAGACAAAAACUCGACGUUGGAACCGAGAAUCCAAAAUCCCAGGAAUUUUGAAAUUGCUCAGCUACUGUCAGCUUUUGAGCAGCUGAAAGUCCAUUGCAAAUCAAAACUGGGACAUUCCAACAAAAUAUUUGUGAUCCCCACCCCAAAAUGACCCUAAUUCGAAGUCAGGAGAGAUUGAAUCAAC